GCCGGCCACAGUUCCGUUCCGACGUCCAUGUUGAAUUCACGUCUCGGCGUUCCAAAUUCAAAUUCAAACACGCGCGGAACGAACGUAACGAUUUUAUUUUCAUGAAACAAAACCUCGAACUUAUUUGCAUGUCAGUGUUUUUUUUUAAUGAACAAUGUGCGGAUGAUUCCUCUAUAAUGUCCGUGGACUGAGAUAUUUCGAUUUUCGAAUAUUUGUUAAGUUCGCUCAUUUGAAUUUUCUGACUGUUUCUGUUUCAUCGAUUGUGCUUCGAGCUCUACAUAGUAACAAAGUUAACAUGACGAAUAUAGUGCAGCCGGUGUUAUUCUGCGGCCUACUGGUAGUGGUGGCAGCUUACGACCGACCCGGCCUGCCGCCAGGGCCCUACUGCGGACUCGGAGACAGAUGUUGCAAAGGCCGACAAGACCAUUGCUCCGCUAAAAUAAAAGACACAAUUUGCUACUGUGAUGAAUUUUGUGACCGUGACAGUCAGAGGGAUGACUGCUGUCCGGACUACAACCAGGUGUGCCGGGGGGAGCUGCCUCCCCCGCCGAUCAUCGCCUGCACUGAAGGCAAUAGAAACUAUCAAGAAGGUGAAAAGAUUAAAAGGGAUUGCAACGAGUGCGUAUGCACGCAAGAUCCAUACACAAAGAAGCCGUACUUCAAAUGCGAGACGGACCCGUGCAUCAUGAGCGAGCAGGUGUACCGGGGCGUCAACUCCGGCCGCUCCACAUGGCGCGCUACCAACUACACUCAGUUCUACGGCAAGAAGUUGAAAGACGGCCUCAUUUACAAGCUGGGUACCUUUAAAUUCAGCAAUGAAGUAGAAGCUAUAUCAGUGCCAAGCAAGGGUGAUAGGAUUUACCCCACGCAUUUCGAUGCAACAGAGGCCUGGCCAGGCUUUAUUUCCCCUGUUGUGGACCAAGAGUGGUGUGGCUCCGACUGGGCCAUCACUGUUGCUACCGUUGCAUCUGACAGAUUUGCAAUUCAAUCGAACGGCGCUGAAAAGGUAGUGUUGAGUCCUCAGGUACAACUCUCGUGCAACCAAGAACAAAAGGGAUGCGCUGGCGGUUACAUUGACAUAGCAUGGAACUUCGCAAGGCUAUUCGGACUUGUUGACAAAGAAUGUUUACCCUACAAGGCAAAUGUGACAAAGUGCAAAUACAACUAUCGCGGGGACUUGCUAUCGGAUGGUUGCCGACCGGUGGUUUCAGGGCGUACCUCCAGAUAUAGGGUCGGGCCUUUGUACAGGAUCAAGAAUGUACCUACUGACAUUAUGUACGAAAUCAUGAAUUCUGGACCAGUGCACGCAAUAAUGACGGUGUACCAGGAUUUCUUCCACUACCGUGACGGCAUCUACAGGCGCAGUCGCUAUGGAAACGAGCACAUGAGCGGCUUGCACAGCGUUCGCAUCAUAGGCUGGGGAGAGGACCGCGGCGAUAAGUAUUGGAAAGUCGCCAACAGCUGGGGUUGCGACUGGGGUGAGAACGGUUACUUCCGCAUCGAAAGGGGCCACGACCAAGUCGGCAUCGAGUCCUUCGUGGUCGCCACUUGGAGCGAAGUCACCGAAGCGUACAGGAGGACAUAACAAAGGGGCUUCCUUAUUGCACCUCUCUGUGUAGUCAGUAAGCUAAUUAAGACCAACAGGGGGUGGAUUCUGUUGAAUAGCACACGAAAUUUCCCAUAAACAUGCAGCUGAGUAUAGCAGCUGAUUUGCCGAUUUAACCACUGAUUUAAUAUGUAUUUUGUAGAGAUUUUGAGAAGUAUAUAUAUGAGUAAUACAUGCUAUUAAAGAGGUAUGUACUCAUGUCUCAGAUCAAUUAUAGAACCUGUAUCGCACUCAUAGUCACGAACAAAAUUGUCUGUCAUUUUCUGAAGAAAACGAGCUUAUAUAUAUCUUUUGUAUAUAUCAUAUAUAUAUAUAAAUUUUGUAUAUAUCUUAUACUAACUAGAAGUUUUUGUCCUUUUUUUACAUAAUUCAAUUACAUAAAAAUGUAUUUUUAAGAAGCUCUUUAACCGACGAACACGAUUACAACUAUUUAACAUCAAUUCUAUAUAGACAGUUUUUUUAAUCGCAUUAGAUCGUUGAUCAUAUACUUUGACAGAUAAGUAACGUCUAGCGAGGCAGGUCCUAUACAAUAAUUGGUCUGAGGCCCAUGUAUUUUUGUAGAAAGAAAAUAAAACAAAAGCACCUUUUGCUAUUGGUUGUGUCGAUCUUAUUGUUGCAUUUUAAAUCUAAACGCAAAGCAAUAAGGUGUGCAUUUCAUUGCAAGUACAUAGGUAACUUGUUGACUUGGUUCACUACACUGUGUAAAUCUGCCAUAUUGUUGGAUCUCAAAAACAAUCGAAUCGGACCGAAUGCACGAAAAUAUGUAGUUUAUUGCAAUUAGUGCAUAUAUUAUAGCUUCAUAUCGUGCUACAAGUAGUGGCACGAAACUAGUCUAGCAAGUUCGUUGAUAUGCGGGCGACAGGGGGAAAGAAGGCAUAUCCCAUCCGAGUUUCGUACAGCGCUGGACUUAUGCCGCUACUUGUAUUAAUGAGAAUUAAAUCUUAUGGACACUCAUGUCGCCUAUAUACACAAGGCAUUUAUAUACGAAUAUAUGGUAUUAUUAAAUUAAAAAAAAAGUGUGUGUCAGCUCCGACGCACGAAUGGAGUUUACUCUUUCAGAUCGACUGUCUAAAUAUAUUGCAUACGUACGUAUUAAGUGUGAAAGGUGCGCAACCGAAGGGCAGCAGGCCGCCGCGUGUGAAAGGUGCGCAGAAUAGGUUGCGCACAAAAACGUAACGCUGUCAUUCGUUCAUCGAAUUUUACUGCCCAUAUUUUUUUCAUACCGGGGGCUAUAUGCAAAAUUGAUUCUUGAGGAGUAAACUCCAAAAAACAUGCGGUAAAAUCUUCCGAACGUUUUAUUGUAAAAUUAUUACUUGUAGGUAUUAUAGGUAUUAAUUUCACUUUUAAUAUCUUUUUGUGGAAGAGUUUAAUUAAAGUAGAAUAUGCAUAGGUCGUUAGGUAGGUGACCGCUUCCAAAUAAAGUUAUCGAUGUUUUAGAACAUAAUAUUAUACUAUAUUUUUGAUACUGAAAGUACUAGGUAUGUGAAAAUUUAACGAUAUUUUUUAACUUAGCCUUAACAAGAUUAUGUAAUUUAGAUAUUUAGAUUUAAGUAGACAGAUUUAAUUUUUUGCAGAAAUUCAUAGUUUUAUAUUUUUGUAACAAAGUGGUGAAAUCCAUUGAAAACUUAAUUUUAUUCAAAUAUUGAACGCAUGUAGGUACCUGCUUAUUUUAUGAAAAUAACAGACUUAAAUUUUAUAUUAUAUCACUGUUAUUGGUAACAAUAAAAGCCUUCUAAAUAUUCAUUUAACGAUCAUAUAAAGUAAGUACCUACGUAUUAUAAAAGUAUUAAAUUGUGUGAUUCUUGAAAAAUCUUAAACAUAGAAACAAUACCUACAAAUAUAAUACAGUCAAAACUUCUUAUUUUGAAGUCGGAUGAAUACAAAUAAAAUUAGAAAUAUUUUGUAAUAAUAUUUUUAUUUGAAAUAAAAACAAAAGCUUAACUUAGGAUAGUAAGACAGUUCAUUGCUAAAUAACUGCCAUUUAUUUACAUAUUUUAGAAGUAGGUAAUUGUUAUUACUUAAAAACUAUAAUUAUUUGACCUAAUUAUAUAUAGAAAGAAGUCGGUUAAAAAAAUAGAUAGAUACACGCUCGGAAAGUAACAAGUUAUUUCUUUUUUGCUUUACAUGUAUAGAGACUACAUUAUUGCAAUUAUUCUAUAUUAAUAUCAAUAUAUCGCUACAGGUAAAUAUGUACGUUACACGUAGUCGGCUAACUAUCGGCCGUUAGAAAUACGUAUACCGUAAAACUAGUUUAUUGUUCAUAUUAUUCUUGUAUCAAAAGUUUCUAAAAAGUUGUCGAUAACACCGACAUGUCGUACCUACAUCACUACAUGUUGCUUUACGUGCAAGAGCGUUAAAUUCUUUGCUAUGGCCACACGAUUUGUAUCGAGGCCAGCAGGCAGCAGCGAUAUUUUGUCUAUAAUGUUGACUGGAGUCGGCUACGUCUCGGCGGCAGUCGACUGCAGUCGACUCUCGGCGGCGGUAAAUGAACCUUA